UUUUUUUUUUCUUUUUUUUUACGCCUGAAGUGUCAGUGAUCGCUGUCACAACCCCACUCGAGUAAAUGUUGCUUCUCACGGGGCUCAUCGAUCAUGGAGUUACUGGUUCGGUAUUUUGAUAGGAGCAACUCCGUUAGCUCUGACAUGACUCAGGAUCUUAUCAAGGAGGAGACCCUGAGAGAUGACCUGAGAUACUACUUCAUGAGCCCCUGUGAGAAGUACAGAACCCGUCGACACAUACCCUGGAAAAUGGGAGUCCAGAUUCUGAAGAUCGUCAUGAUCACUACACAACUCAUCCUGUUUGGCCUCAACAACCAGCUGGUGGUUGCCUAUAAGGAGGAAACCACCAUUGCCCUGAAAAACCUUUUCCUGAAAGGAUACACUGGGGUGGAUGAGGAUGACUAUAGUGUAGCUGUUUAUACACAGAAGGCUGUGUUUGACAGCCUCUUUUACGUCCUUGAUCAGGCAAGUACAGAAAUUAAAGCUACUCAAAUGGAGAUUCGCACACAAUUGUUAACUUUUUUUCCCUCCUUUUUAUUAUUUACUCUUAUUGAACAAGAACUCAGGAUUUGUUCAUGCUGCUCUUAUAUUCUUUCUUAUUUUUUCUCUACUCUCUUUGUCUCCUGUAAGAGUCUGACAAGUUAUGACGUGUGCAGCAUCUUCCUGGGAACCUCGACGUUGUUGGUCUGGGUCGGGGUGAUCAGRUACCUUGGAUACUUCCAGAAAUAUAAUGUCUUGAUUUUAACCAUGAAAGCAGCCUUUCCUAAAGUCCUCCGUUUCUGCUGCUGYGCUGGCAUGAUCUACCUCGGUUACACGUUCUGCGGGUGGAUCGUACUCGGACCGUACCAYGAAAAGUUUGAGGGCCUGAGUCGAGUUGCAGAGUGUCUGUUCUCUCUGCUGAACGGCGACGACAUGUUCACUACCUUUGCCCAGCUGAAGGACAAAAAUAUCCUGGUGUGGGUCUUCAGYCGGGCUUACCUCUACUCCUUCAUCUCACUGUUCAUCUACAUGGUGCUGUCCCUCUUCAUCGCCCUCAUCACCGACUCUUAUGAGACCAUAAAGAACUAUCAGAGGGACGGGUUCCCGCUCACUGAUCUACAGAAAUUUCUUCUGGGACAUAAAGAUUUUCCUGUUCAAGAAGAAAUCGGCCAGACAGAAGUUGAGCUCAGUAACUCUAUACGUCGCUGCUACUGCUGCCAACGGGCUCCACCACCUGAUGAUGUCAUACUAAUAAGCUGAAGGCAGGCCCACUUCCAGGAGAGCUGCUUUUUUGGAAGUUUCUGGAACCAGGACGUUCCUUCUCUGAGGCAGUCUCAGAGUUCAAACGUUGCUGCCUUUAAAAAAAAGAAAGAAAAAAAAAAGGGAACAAAAAAAUAGAAAUCCAGGCACAUGUCGAGUUCAGGGCUAAAAUAUCCAAUAAAGUGUAACAGAAAACACAAAUCUGGACUCUGACCUGGAACUGAGAUGAAUUAUUUAAUAUAGUAGCAGAUUCCACUGUAUUUCAGGGUAUGGCGUAAAAGUUUACUGGGCCUUUUUUUUUUUUAGGUCUCCACGGGCACUUCAAGGCCAAAGAACUGUUUUCAGGGCAUUGCAAAAAUGGAUCCUGUGCAGGGCAGGAUGUAAAUUAUUCAAAUGUUGAAUAAAAUUUUGCUAUAAAACUUA